AUGAAGUUUGAUAUGUUGGAUGUUACGAUUAUACUUCAGUCCUUGUGUAAACUCAUUACCUUUGGGUUUCUCGCCGUUGGUGUCGUUGGCCGUUACAGGUUCGCGAUUCGGUUGUGGUUGGUCGUAGCCUAUUUGCAAAUCAAAUGGCAAGGUGUAAUAGACGUURGCAUCCUCAUAUACGAAUACUAUUUCAGUGAGCACAACAAGAGCAAGCAGGAGUUUUUGACGGAGCUGUCCGAUGUGCAUGGGCCCAUCAUUGGUCAAGUGCUGGCUCGCAUUGGAAUUAUAUUGAUCGUUUACAGAUUCUUCAAGUCCCUAGAACCAAAGAAGACUAGGCUGUACGGCGUGCAGCCUGAGCAAAAGACAGAUGAGCUGAAAUUGAAGUAACUACGCAGAACAAAUGCUUUUAUUGUUCGGAAAUCUUUGUUAAAUUAAAAAAUUAAAAAAAUAAAAAUUGUGAGAAACGCAGCAAAGGA